AUGAGCUUGACACAUCUGGUAUCUACCAUUAGAUUCCAAAAAUCAUUGGAAAGCCAAGACCCCAAGAAAGUCCCACCAAAAGUCCCUUACUGGACGCCUUUUGUGUGCCAUAUGAUAUCUCUGAUGAGAACCCCGGCGCCCUUUGCAGAUGAUUUAAUGAAGAAAUAUGGAUAUAACAUCCCUUUGUCCAUCCAAGCUGGACUCAUGAAACUUUGUUUCGUCUCCAGCCCUGAGCAAAUCCAGACCAUCUUCAAGGACUCAAAAUCUUUGAGCAGCAAACCAUCUACGCUGUAUUGCCUGAAGAACAUCAUUGAUACCCCACCUGAGGUCCUCCCAUACUAUGCUGCUGACGACUCUGGAAUGGCCAACAAGAUCCGAAAGGGCAGUGUGGUCACCAAACAAGAAGAGAGAAUGCACUUCUGGGCUGCUCACACAGCACAAAAGUAUCUCUCUGGCCAAACUCUUCUGAGCGUAUCAGAGAGAUACAUCUCCACUCUAGACCGCAAUCUGGAAGCUCUCAACAUCGGAAACGACUGGGUAGAAGUUCCCGAUCUCUUGAAAUUCCUUCAAGAUGAAAUUACCAGUUCCACCAUCGAAGCUCUCAUGGGCUCUCAUGUUCUGAGAUUGAAUCCCACACUCGUUCAAGAUUUCUGGGAGUUCGACUAUAACAUGCCAAAUUAUGUUCGUGGUCUUCCGCGCUGGUUGGUUCCUUCAGCCUUCAAAGUCCGUGAUCGAAUGAUUGCAAGCAUGAAGAAGUGGCACCUGUUCGCUCAUGAACAUUCGGAUGUCUCCAAGAUUGCACCAGAUGAUCCAGAUUGGGACCCUUACUUUGGCACGAAACUCGUCAAGGCGAGACUCUUCUACGGUAUGAACAACAAGCACACGAAUGCUGCAUCUCGUGCCUCUGAGGAUGUGGGACUUAUCUUGGCUGGAAAUGCCAACGUGAUCCCAUCUCUAUUCUGGUACAUCUACGAGGCAUUGAAAGACAGGACCCUCCAAGACCGUCUGAUGAAAGAAGUCUCUCCAUGCAUCUCAGAGCAAGGCCAACUGGACAUUGUUCAAGUGACAAGCCAGCCGUUAUUACAAUCCGUCUUCGCAGAAACACUUCGUCUGCGCGUGGCCAUCACCAUGACACGAACAGCCGAGUAUUCGGACUAUCAACUCGGAUCCUACAAGAUCAAGAAAGACAUUCCCCUCGUAAUCUUCAGCCGCACAGCAGCACUCAACGCUGAGGGAUGGACAAACGCUGGAAGAGAACCCGUUGUCCCACUCGAGAAGUUCUGGGCUGAACGCUUCCUCGUCAAACCCGGCCAGAAGAUCUCAAAGACAGAUCCAGAACUAUCCUACGCAAAAGCCCAAGGUUCCGCAGAACAAACCAUGGCUGGCAGCGAGAAGGAGUCAAAUUUCUCUAUUGAAGGACUGGCAGGCUGCUGGCUUCCAUUCGGCGGCGGACAACGCAUGUGUCCUGGCCGUCAUCUGGCAAAGCAUGAGAUCAUUGGUUCAUUUGCACUGCUUUUCUCCAAGUAUGAGAUUGAGAUGAUUGAUAAUGGGUUGGGCGAGCCGAAGCCUGAUAUGAGAUGGUAUCCUAUGGGAGGAUUACCACCGAUGGAGAAAUUUCCUUUUCGCAUUCGGAAGCGGACUUAG